UUCCUCAUCUACGAUGAGACUUUUUUAGUAUUCACAACGCAGUAAAUGCGUUACGCAUAAACCAGCGACCGUCCAAGUCCAAGAACUCCCGAGUUUGUUUCCCAACGUCUCCCGGAGGUUCCGUCAGCAGACAGGAGACAGCUGAGGAAGUUUGUCUUGGAGAAGCAGGCUGACGCUGGUUACGUCUUAAGGAACCCGUCUUACCGUGACGUCACACAGGAUGGCAGGCCAAGAGCAUGGGUGUAAAGGAACGACGGACGAAGGAUCGCUCCAGCAGUACAGGGGAGAGAACGUGCCUGGAGGCUGCUGGUCACAGGAGUUCAAGGGAGAGAAGCGGCCGGGAGGCUGGCCGGCGGUGGUCGAGAAGGCAGAUGCAGCUACACAGUCGCGCCUAGCGGAAACUGAUGGUACUACAGAGAGUCCUGAAAAUGUUGGUGACAAGGUUGGAGAAGAAUCGCCGGUAACGGCAGAACGGAGGAAAGGCAGUGGGGACGAGGGAAGAGACAAAGAUGUCGGUACAGAAACAACUGCACAAGAGCGCCUCCAAGCGGAAGUUGAGGAAGCGGCGGCAUCUUGCACUACUGCGGAGGUGGAACAGAGUAAGGUAACUUUUGGCGGAUAUGGAUCAGAACCUGGUGAAUUUCAUUUACCACACGGCGUUGUGGUGUCGCCUAGCAACGAGAUAUUCGUGGCUGAUACAGACAACAGGCGAAUCCAAGUCCACAGCAUGAAGGGGGGUUACCUCCGCCACUUCCUAACAGUCGUACCGGGUACAGAGGACGAGUACAUGAGCCCACAUGAUGUUUGUGUGGACUCUAACGGCACACUGUGGGUAGUGGGGAGUGGAUGCAGCCCAUGGGACGAUGAUCAUGUUGUACAGUACAGCACGGUCGGGACCGCCAUGGCGGGUUUUCACCUUUCAAGGUACAAUCUUUAUCGCGGGAUUGCGGUGGACAUGCGCAAUACUAGUAACCUCAUCCUGGUGACCGCUGAAGACCAUAAUAAAGUUGAGGUGUUCCGUCCGGACGGCUCUCUGGUGCGGAGGUUCGGCAAUCCAUUUAGUGCCAUGACACGCAUGCGCAUACGCCCAGAGCACAUCACUGUGGACGGAGAAGGGAACAUUAUUGUGUCGUACUGGAAUACUGGCUAUGUCUAUGUGUUUGGCGAGUCCGGGAGGUUUGUGUUCAGGUUUCGAGGUCCGGAAAGUGGCGAAGAUCCGCGGGCAUGGCCAGAGGGUGCCCGUGGCAUCUGUACGGACAGCUCGGGUCACAUCCUCGUGGCGCACCCUUUGAACCAGAGGGUUCAGAUAUUCACACGUCACGGCGAGUAUCUCCGCUCCAUCCGCACUGGGUCUGCGCCAGACGGCCUGGCUGUGGGCCCGGAAGGGCAGCUGGUUGUGACCAAUGCAUAUGACCACGCUGUGACUGUAUUUUCCAGCUACUAAUAUACAUGACAAUGAUGACACAUUAUAACGCACUAGUUGAACCUGUUACAGAAGGCCCUACACUAUGUCUGUAUAGGAUUUCACAUUAGUUACACAUAUUAUGUAUAAGCUGUGAUUUUGUAUAUCUGUGUUACAGACUAUAAUGUAUCAGCGGUGAUUUUGUAUAUCUGUGUUACAGACUCCACACUAUGUCUUUAUAGGAUUGCACAUUAGUUACACAUUUAUGUAUCAGCUGUGAUUUUGUAUAUCUGUGUUACAGAAUCUACACUAUGUCUAUAUAGGAUUGCACAUUAGUUACACAUAUUAUGUAUCAGCGGUGAUUUUGUAUAUCUGUGUUACAGACUCUACAUUAUGUCUAUAUAGGAUUGCACAUUAGUUACACAUUUAUGUAUCAGCGGUGAUUUUGUAUAUCUGUGUUACAGACUCUACACUAUGUCUAUAUAGGAUUGCACAUUAGUUACACAUAUUAUGUAUCAGCGGUGAUUUUGUAUAUCUGUGUUACAGACUCUACAUUAUGUCUAUAUAGGA